UAAAGCAGAUUUCAAACAUUUUGAAUACUUAAAUUAUAAAUAUAACAAUAUAUAUAAAAUACUUUACAAGUUGGUCAUUUUCAAAAUAUCGAGUUUAAGCCGUCGAAACUGUCGAAGAUGUUGGAAAUAUUGAAUUAUUUAGGAAUUUCGCUGCUGCUAUUCAGCAUGGGUGCACAGGCACAAAGUGGCUACAACUAUGUACGUCCUGAAAUUGCAAAUGCCGCUGGUGGCGGAGUUGGCAGCUCGAAUGUCUUGCGACCGAUAGUUCCCGUUAGCAGUAAUGCCUUGACAGCAUCUCCAAAUUCUCCUCUGGGAUACGCCUCGGCGACGGGCACUGCUUAUGGCGGCACAGGCGGACCUCCUGCUGCACCUUUCUCCGGAUUUGGCUCGCAACCCUCCGCACUAGGUGCAACCGGGCAAGGCGCUUACUCCGGUGCUACAGGUGCUGCCGCAUUGCAAGUUGGUGCUGGUUUCAACGCGGCUAAGCGUCCUAUUUUAGCGACACAGCAACGCGGCGGUGGCGUAUUCGGCGGUGGAUUGACGGGUAUUGCAAGCGGACAGUCAGCCUACAGUGGUGCUACGCGCGUUUCUGGACUUAACGAUGUGGACUAUAGCGCCGAAGGCGACUAUUCCGCUAUACCUGGAAUACCCGCCGUCGACUAUCCCGUAUACGCGGAGGUGCCGCAGACCAAUUUCGAUUGCACACAGCAACUACCUGGCUAUUACUCGGACGUCGAAGCGCAAUGCCAAGUAUUUCACAUUUGCGCACUCAACCGCACCUACUCAUUUCUCUGUCCGAACGGCACGAUAUUCAGCCAGGAGACACUGGUCUGCGUUUGGUGGAACCAAUUUGAGUGCGCAACUGCGCCUGCACUCUAUGCCAACAAUGCUUACAUCUAUGACUACGGCAGUGAACAACGUGCUGCCAGUGCUUACAGCGGUUCUGGAGGCGCCGCAGCAUUAGGUGCACGACAGCCGGCCAGUUACCCAGGCGCAGCUAGUGGCAACAGUUUACGUACUACAAGCGCUACACUACCUUCACCUGGUGGUAUUUUUGGCGCUGCCAAUUUACGACCCACCGCUUUUGGCGCUAUUCCUAGCACAGUGACACCAGUGUCAUCGACCGCAGGCUACAAUGCCAAUACGGGUCGUUUCCCAGCGGGCACAGCAGCCGCCGGGCAAUCCUUUAAUACUGCCGUUGCACCGAUUACGCAAUCAACAUAUGGACCCGGUGGUAUUGGUGUCGGCGGCAGCAGUAGUGUUUCAGCAGGCGCGACCAGUGCCAACGCGAAUAGCAAUCGUGAAUAUUUGCCACCAUCACAGCAACAACGGCGGCCCUAAGUUUAUGCAUAUUUUGAGUAGUAAAUGAAAGAUCCCUUUCUACAACGUAAGAGACCACUGGCAUCUGUACCCGGUUUAUGCUGUCCCUGCUCUCACACGACCGUACUUCUAUAUAGGUUGUACACCUUAGUUUAAUCACUCAUGCAUU